UUCGUGCUAAUGUUCAAUAUUUCCUAUGAGUUCAUCUAAUAUUCGAUUCUUUUCACUCUUCACAUUUUCUUUCGAUCAUUAGUUUUUCCGAAAGUACUAUCUCAGUUGAAAUCCUGGACAGAGAAGAUGCAUGGGUUCUGGAUUAAUGGCCGUAACCAGGAAAGCCCUGGAAUUCUUUGCUCAACUACGAAGAAGCAACAAAUUUCCAGAUUCAUGGACCUGCAACAAGUUACUCCACCAGCUUAUCGCCUCCACCUGCGGUGAUCUCUCGCUGAAGAUCUUGUUAGAUUUGGUCUCUAGAGGGUACCGUCCUCACCUCUCUUCCUGCAAUUCCGUUAUUGGGGUUUUCUGUAAGUUAGGUAAUCUGCAAUCGGCUGAAGAUUUCUUGAAAUGGAUGUUUAGAAUCCGUUGUAGGCCUGAUAUUGUCAGUUAUAACUCUUUGAUGGAUGGGUAUUGUCGGGUUGGGAAUUUGCUUGGAGCUUCUUUGCUUAUGAAUCGGAUUCGUGGUGGCGAAUGUAAGCCUGAUCUAAUUACGUUUAAUAUUUUGAUUAAUGGGUUCUGUAAGCAUGGAAUGAAAAGAGAAGCUUUGGUGUAUCUUGGUUUGAUGUGGAAAUUUUACUUGCCAAAUGUGGUUACCUAUAGUACAAUUAUUGAUAUGUUCUGUAAAAUGGGGAAUUUGAAUAUGGGGUAUGCGGUGUUUAGAGAUAUGAUGAGUGCCGGAAUGCCUCCCAAUUUAGUGACUUUUACUUGUUUAAUUGAUGGAUAUUGCAAGGCUGGUAAUCUGGCAGUUGCUUUUAAGUUGUAUGGUAAAAUGUUGAAGUCUGCACUCUCUCCUAAUGUUGUUACUUACACUGCCUUAAUUGAUUGUCUUUGUAAGCAAGAUAUGUGUGAAAGAGCUGACUAUUUGUUCAAGAAAAUGUUGGAGGAUGGGGUUGAACCCAAUCCAGUGGUUUACACUUCAAUGAUAGAUGGCCACUUUAAGACAGGGAAUAUGGAUUCAGCCAUGAAUUAUCUGACCUGCAUGCAUAACCAAGGGAUCAGACUCGAUAUAGCGGCGUAUGGGGCAGUUAUUUGGGGCUUAUGCAGUAAAGGUCAUCUGGAUAGUGCAAAGAAGACCAUGGAAGAGAUAGAGAGGAGGGGACUGAAACCAGACAAGAAGAUUUUUACCACUCUUAUAGAUGCCCAUUUCAAAACUAAGAACAUGAAAGCAGCUUUGGAUGUGUACAGGGAAAUGUUGGCUAGAGGGUUUGAGGCUGAUGUGGUAACUAUCUCAACAUUGAUGGAUGGGCUCUGCAAGAAUGGGCUUUUGCAAGAGGCGAGAGGCUAUUUCUGCAAAUCAAAGGCAAACGAAAUUGCAUACACUGUGCUCAUUGAUGGAUUGUGCAAGGAAGGUAAUUUACAUGAAGCUGAGAUGUUGUUUAGGGAGAUGCAGGAGGCAGGUUUCCUUCCAGAUAAAUAUACUUACACUUCUUGGAUUUCUGAGCUCUGCAAGCAAGGGAAUUUGGUAGAGGCAUUUAGGGUGAAGAACGCCAUGGUUCGUGGGGGCACUGACCCAGAUCUGUUCACUUUUAGUUCCAUUAUUUGGGGCUUGGCUAAUAAAGGGCUCAUGAUUGAGGCAAAACAGAUGUUUGAUGAUAUGUUGAAAAGAGGCAUCAAUCCUGACUCUGCAGUCUAUGAUGUUCUGAUCAGAGGUUACCUCGAACAAAGCAACACAACUGCAGUUGAUAAUUUACGUGACGAAAUGAGAAGGAGAGGAUUACUUGUAAGAGGUGCAAUAAAUGGAGAUGUGUAGUUUCUCACCUGCAAAAUUGGAAAUGUGGAAGUAACUAGUGCAUUCCGACCUAGGGCAUUUUUAGAUUGUAUCUGAUGGACUACUUUCUUCGUUUAAGAAGAGGUUGAGUCUGUGUUGAAUAUUAGAGAUGUUCAUUCCAAGAUAUGGGUGGGACCUUUAGUUUCAAGUAGUGGGUCCAAUACCUUCCUCCAUGUACAUAUUAUUUUGCACAAGGAUGAGGUGAGCCUCAAGACUCUCUCUCUCUCUCUCUCUCCUUAAAGUUCACCUAUUAUAUAUGUCGUUUCUAUGGUGAUGGCAGAUGCUAUUUUAGCUGGAGGAUCUCACAAAUUCUUAAAACAUAAAGCUAAAUAUUGACAUGAGAUUAGAGAAUUAAUUGGAAUUUGGAGAUUGUGGUAUUCAAAACUCUUUUUGUUCCUUAAUCAUGAGAAAUUUCAUAUACAUUGGUCUAUUUAUGUGCCUUCACUUAUGUAUUUCUUUGUAAUUUUGUUUUAGGCAGGGUAGUCUUUCAUGAAAUGUCCUUCCAGAAAAAGCAUUUGUACACUUUAGUAGGAAAGUAUAAAGUUAAAUUUUAGUAGUCCUAGAAUGUUCACAAUUAUGGUCAUUGAUAUUCUCAUAGGAUUAUCAGUUAACC